GCAACGUCGCAGUCAUUGGUCAAGGCCGUGAAGAAGGGUCCCAUGAAGUCUACAUGCUCGGUUAAAGCGUUCCUAAUAUCUUAGACGGUUAGCUGUUGAACUAGACUACAGGACAUUGGGUUGUUUAUAUUUAGGUUAAAAUAGUCUGACGAACAGUGUUGAUAUUUUUUCAAAAUGUCAAACGAUGCAAUAGAUACUGACUGCAUCACACUUACUCGUUAUGUACUUGCCCAACAGAGAAAACAUCCUGAAGCUACUGGGGAUUUGACACAGUUAUUGAAUGCAUUGUUGACGGCAAUCAAAGCUGUAUCGUCUGCUGUUCGAAAAGCUGGAAUUCAUUCUUUAUAUGGUAUUGCUGGUUCUACCAAUGUAACUGGUGAUGAAGUGAAGAAAUUAGAUGUUUUGUCCAAUGACUUAUUCAUAAAUAUGUUAAAAUCAUCUUUUACAACUUGUCUAAUGGUAUCAGAGGAAAAUGAAAAUGUUAUUGAAGUUGAAACUGAGAAACAGGGAAAGUAUAUUGUGAUGUUUGAUCCAUUGGACGGUUCAUCUAAUAUUGAUUGUCUCGUGUCUAUUGGAUCUAUAUUUGGUGUGUAUAAAAAGACAAGUCCUCAAACUCCAGGUGUAAAUGAUGCCCUACAACAAGGAAAUAAAUUAGUUGUGGCAGGUUAUGCUUUGUAUGGUAGUGCUACAAUGGUGGUUUUAGGAUUAGGAGGGGGUAGUGUUAAUGGCUUUACAUUAGAUCCAUCUAUAGGCGAGUUUUUAUUAACAGAAAAAGAUAUAAAAAUCAAGCCAAGAGGUAAAAUCUAUUCAUUAAAUGAAGGCUAUGAACAGUAUUGGGAUGAACCAACAAGAGAAUAUGUCAAGAGCAAGAAAUUCCCUACAUCUGGUAAACCGUAUGGUGGAAGAUAUGUUGGAUCUAUGGUAGCCGAUGUGCACAGAACAUUAGUUUAUGGAGGUAUAUUCAUGUAUCCAUCAACUUCACUAGCUCCUGCUGGAAAGUUGCGUUUAUUAUAUGAAUGUAACCCAAUGGCAUUUAUAAUUGAACAAGCUGGUGGACUAGCUGUGGAUGGUAUGAAUCGUAUACUAGAUAUUCAACCCAAAAACAUACAUGAACGUAGUCCUAUAUUCAUGGGAUCAAAGGAAGAUGUGGAAGAUGUUAUUGCCAUCUUUAAAAAACACAAAAAAUAAAUAAAAUAAUGGUGGUGCACAAUUUUUAUUUAAAGAACUUUCUGGUGAAUACAUUAUAAUAAAUCCAUGCAGUAAAUUAUAUAUUCCUGCUUGUAUGUUUUUUUUCACUGUCAUUAUGAAAUGUUAUUUUUGUUAUCGUUUAUCAAUCUGUCAUUUGGGUCUUGUUUUAGUAAAUAAAUUUGGAAAAUUG